UUGCGUGUCUCUCUCAUCAUCAUCAUGGUGGCUUGGAGAUGUUAACUACCUCGCCUGGUGUACAGGAGGUCGCGUGGAUUUUUCUCCGGGUCCUCCGGUUUUUCUCUCUCUACAUUUAGAAUGAACACGAUGCGUUUUGAGUGUUAGGCUGCUAUACAUUUUCACGCGAUAAGCCACUUAGCUGAGCUCUCAUUUGUGGCCAGGUUGCUUCUGAAAUAAGUAAUAUUUAAAAAUACUUUUUUAGAUUUUUGUAUGAUAAAAUAUGGUAUUGUCAUCAGUAUGACAUAAGUAUGCCAAGUUUGCACUCGAUACCACAUUGGGCAGUGGGUUAAUAUUGAGUUACAAGAUUUGAGGAUACGACAACAACAACAGACAGAGUGAGCUAAAUAAAAGCGUGUAAUAAAAAUAGCUUGAAACCUCCGUGGGCCUUAACUGGUAAAAUAAAAAAUAGUUUUAAUAAUUUUAGUUUAGCUGUUGGGAACUCUUCCUUCCUACCGAGUUGCACAUCUAUACACGCACUAUUUACCGUACAUGUUUUAUUUUUAGCAUUGGGUUAUAUCUGUAAUCUUUGUGAACAAUUUACCGCAUGCACAAGUGAUGUGAUAAUCUUCUUGGUUCUUUCGGUAAAGUGACUUUACCGAAAGAACCAAGAAGAUGAAUCCCUGCAGUCACGAAAACUUUAAAUCGAAAUUUGAUGUGAUAAUAUUGAGUGGCAGAUUUGUGCCAGAAAAGUGACACAUGUUAACGAAAAAUAAACUGACGUGACUUUGUGUGCCCUGCAGCUGUGUGUGUCUCUGGUCCUGGGCCUCCCCUAGGACGACUCAGCCUUGAAUGAGUGUCGGUGAGCAAACCAUGGCGGGCGCGGAGGGCACGCUGUCGAAGAUGUCUCCCGCGGUCCGCCACUUCGUGGAGGAGAUGCUGAGGCACGGCCGCGUCGGCCUGGGCGCCCCAACAACACUACGCGUCACCGACCUCAAAUCCGGGUGUCCCUCGCUGACCCCAUCCCCGUGCUGUGAUCGGUUCAAGCUGCACAUUCCCUACGCCGGAGACACCAUCAAGUGGGACGUCAUAUUCAACCACGAGUAUCCGGACAUUCCACCCGACUUCAUGUUCGGAGAGGAUACCGACUUCUUCCCGGACCCUGACGAACUUCCCCACCUGCAGGAGUGGCGGUCCCAGGACCCCGAGGCCCUUCUGCUGGUGCUACAGGAGCUGCUCGCGCAGUUCCAGGUGCACCAGCGCGAGCGCUUGCGCGACAACUCGCGCCUCAUGUUCGAGUACAACUCGCUGUCCGAGCAGACGGACUACACGGUGCACAUGGAGGUGCACGUGGGCAGACACACCGCUUGGGAUGGCGAAUGCUGCGUGAGAUUCCUACUGCGGCUUCCAGUCGACUUCAGCCUCAUCCCGCCAUACCUGCUCAAGCCCGCUGAACGCGUGACGCAGGAUCCCCUGGUGGACCCGGGGGAGGAUGUGGCGCUGCUGCUGGUGACGUUUGAAAACACGGAGGCCACCAAGGUGUUCCCCAAGCUCUACCUGUCGCCUCGCAUCGAGCAUGCCCUGGGAGGUUCCUCCGCUUUCCAUAUCCCCAACUUCCCCAGCGGAGGAUGCCUUCUGGACUACGUUCCACAGGUGUGCCAGCUCCUCACCAGCAAGGUGCAGUACAUCACACAGGGCUACCAGAAGCGCAGAGAAUACAUUGCGGCGUUCCUCAGCCACUUCGGAGAGUCAAUUGCAGAGUAUGACGCUGAGGGCUUCACCAAGAUCAGCCUCCUCCUGGAGGGCCUGGAGUUCUUCUUCAUGGUUCACAUCGAGCUGCCAUUGUACUUUCCACGCGACCAGCCGACUUUCACCUUCCAGUCCGUGUACCAGCACGGCACCACGGCACAGCCCUUUCUGCAGGUGCAGAAGUCGUACCCGUACAGCCCGCGCUGGGAUGGCAACGAGAUGGCCAAGCGAGCCAGGGUCUACUUUGAAGAAUUUUCGCCUCAAUUCCGAGAAGCGGCCCUGGCGAACGGAAAGCCUUGAGCAGAGGCCGUGGGGGACUCCUUCUUCGUCGCAAGCCGGCCACUCGACGGGUUCUACCCCCUCGCACUCCGAGCCCUCUCUAGCGACAACUCCUUAACGAAGGCUCGUUAGUGAGCGGCUCGCUAGUGGUGCUUAAAAAGUUAUGGGUUGAUUUUGAAAACCUUGGCUGUAUACAGUUUUUUUUUUACUUGUGAUCGCCCUUCUUGGGGGUGGUUUUCACUGGGUCCGUUAGACAAGUUUUCACGGCUUACUUUCAGCCGGGUCUGUUAGGGUCAGCACCCCGCAAAAUAUUUCUGCACCUGGCAAAUCGCAUCAAGUAUAUCUCUCACUAUGUGUUGCUCUGGCUACUUACACGGUGCCUACUCCCAGUCUACCAGUGACCGGGGAAAAUAUUUAGUGUGGAAUUAAGCCCCUGGGGCACAAUGAUAUGUAGGGUCUGAUGAUACCUGUGCAAUGUGAUUUCAGGUGUCUGCUCUUGCACUCCAGGCACCUUUGCCAUACGUGACGGUCUCAGAUGACGCUUACAAUGGAUCUCUUAGUCUUGCUUGGGUAAACAACUAGACGAACGCUAGAGGGGUAUGUUAUACAGAUAUAUUUUUUUAUAUUCUUUCAGUCAAUUUUAUUCCCAUUGUGCUAUCUUCGCAAUGUCACGAGGCGAAGAUUCAUAAAAUUUUGGAACUCUCGCAGAGGAGUGAUUCAACCCACGUUACGUAAUUUACAGAAUAUUAUCUCGCUGAGCCGCUUCUGAGAAGACAUUUUCCCACACUUAUCCACGCUGUGUCUCUGUCAUCCACUAUAUGUUCCUACACGUGCUCUUUCUCAGACCUGGAUUGUUGCCAAACUAAGUGAAAACCAGAUCAGAUUUGUGUGCUGUCAUUUCUUCAUAGACGGUAGAAAUCUGUAUCCGAAAUGAGUGUCCCUGCAUCAACUGGAGCAUUGUAAACAAACCCUAGGUUAUCCAUUAUGUUCUAAGAAUGUCUGGCACUUUCUUGACGGUUUUUUUUACUUAAAUGAAGGUACUAUCAAAGUAUGUGGUGAGAGGAAACAACCUGUUUAAAGCCCUUUUUGUGAUGGUUAGUCCUAACGCUGUGCGAACAGUUUCUAUAUUGUACUGUAUUGUAUGGACCACUUUUGUGUUGCUUACUGAAAUCAAUUGUACACGAGGCGUGUAAUAUCAAUAAAUAACUUGCCUAUGGUAUUAUUC